AUGUCGCGCCAGAUCAACCAGCCCAGCAACCAGAUCAAGCUGACCAACGUGUCGCUGGUGCGCCUCAAGAAGGGCAAGAAGCGCUUCGAGAUCGCCUGCUACAAGAACAAGGUGCUCGAGUGGCGCCAGGGCAUCGAGACGGACCUGGACGAGGUCCUGCAGAUCCCCAACGUCUUCCUCAACGUCAGCAAGGGCCAGACGGCCCCCAAGGAGGACCUGGCCAAGGCCUUUGGCAAGGACAAGCCCGUCGACGACAUCAUCCUCGAGAUCCUCAACAAGGGCGAGAUCCAGGUGGGGGAGAAGGAGCGGGCCGCCCAGCUCGAGCGCGUGCACAAUGAGGUCGUCAGCAUCGUCGCCAGCAAGCUCGUCGACCCGCGGACGAAGCGCGUCUACACCACGGGCAUGAUCGACAAGGCGCUCGACAUGCUGAGCUCGCAGGCGCACCAGGGCCAGGGCGACAAGAGCGCCGCCGGCAGCGGAGCCGGCACCCCGGCCACGGGCGAGGACGCCGAGGCGAAGCCCCGGGCCAAGGAGCACACCUGGACGGGCGUCGUCACCACCAAGAGCGCAAAGAGCCAGGCCCUGGACGCCAUGAAGGCCUUGAUCUCCAGCCAGCCCAUCCCGGUCUCGAGGGCACGCAUGAGGCUCCGCAUCACAUGCACGACCAACGUCCUGAAGCAGGCCGUCAAGGCGCCCAAGGCGGCCGAGGGAGACGGCGACCAGAAGGCAGCCCCGGGGACGGUGAAGGACAAGAUUCUGAGCUACAUCGAGCAGGUUGAGACACAGGAUGUCCUGGGCUCCGAGUGGGAGGUGGUUGGCUUCGUGGAACCGGGCGCCUUUAAGCCUCUGUCGGAUUUCUUGGGCAACGAGACGAGAGGUCAGGGAAGAGUCGAGGUUUUGGACAUGGCUGUCACACACGAAGAUUGA